CCGAGGCACAUGCAGGCAGGCACAGGGUUAGGUCAGGGUGCCUGGGUGUGCACAUGCCGGCUUAUGGGUGUGUGUGCUUGUGCAGAAGGAAGGAGUCAUGUGGAGUGUGUGUGUGCUCAGUAUGAUGACCACGUGGGUAAGUCCUGGGUGUGCGUGGGAAGGGGAUGUGCCAACAGUGCUGUGACGUGGGUCGAGCACUCCCCAAGAGCCAGACCUGGCAGCCGGAGCUCCUGGACUGAGACAGAGGUGGCUGCUGCCCCCGCCCCUGCCCUGCAAAGAAGCUGCUGAGCAGGUACCUGGUCCUCGUGGGCCUGGAUGUGUCCAUGACUCCCCUCACUGUGACUGAGGAGGUCCAGUGCCAGGCAGAGUUGGGCCACAAAGGCCCUUGGACCAGCGACCCUCAACAGGGCACCCCAGGCAGCCACUCAGAUCAGCGCAAGGGAAGAUUCUGGAAGAGAUUUUGGCUGUCUCUCAGAUGGUCCAUGGGCAGCAGCAGGGGCUCCCAGGAGUGGCCAGACCCUUCCUGCCUACCAUGCUGCAGUGUAGACCAGCCCAGGAGUUCAGCUUUGGUCCCCGGGCCCUAAAGGAUGCCCUGGUCUCCACUGACCCGGCCCUACAGCAGCUCUAUGUCUCUGCCUUCUCCCCUGCUGAGAGGCUCUUCCUGUCAGAGGCCUACAACCCCCAGAGGACCCUCUUCUGCACGCUGCUUAUCCGCACAGCCUUUGACUGGCUCCUGAGCCACCCUGAGGCCCCUGAGGAUUUCCAGACCUUCCACGCCUCCCUCCAGCACAGGAAGCAGAGCCUGGCCCGGAAGCACAUUUACCUACAGCCAAUAGAUCUGAGUGAGGGGCCGAUGGGAGGCCCCCUGCUGGACAGCCUGCGCAGCUGCACAGAGGCCUUCUUCCUGGGCCUGCGGGUCAAGUGCUUGCCCUCGGUGGCAGCCGCCUCCAUCCACUGCUCCUCCCGCCCCACUGGGGACUCUGACAGGCUCCAGCUCCACACAGAUGGCAUCCUGUCCUUUUUGAAGAACAACAAGCCAGGCGAUGCACUGUGUGUGCUGGGCCUUACGCUGUCUGACCUGUACCCCCAAGAGACCUGGAGCUUCACCUUCAGCAAGUUCCUUCCAGGGCAUGAAGUGGGCAUCUGCAGCUUUGCUCGGUUCUCAGGGGGAUUCCUAAAGUUAGGGGCCAGCACCCCUCACCGGACCCUGGUGGAGGCAGCAACAGAUGGUCCUGAGACCACCCUGCAGGAUGGAGUCUGGGCCUUGGACUUCACUGCCCUGGGGAUGGUCCAAUGCUGCAAGGUCACAUGCCACGAGCUCUGCCAUCUUCUCGGCUUGGGGAAUUGCCGCUGGCUCCGCUGCCUCAUGCAGGGCGCGCUCAGCCUGGACGAAGCCUUGCGGCGGCCCUUGGACCUCUGCCCCAUCUGCCUGCGGAAGCUGCAGCAUGUCCUGGGCUUCAGGCUCCUCCCACGGUAUAAGAGACUCCAUGCUUGGAUUCGGGUGGUGGCAGAGACGUGGCCCAGCCAGGAGACAAGGGAACCGUCUGUGUUGGAGGAUACCCUGCCUACCAGUGCUGACUCAGGCUUGUGCUGUGAGAGUGACUCGGAGCCCAUUAGCAGCCUGUCAGAGCCCCUCACGCCUGAUGCCUGGAGCCACCCUUGCUCCUUGGGGCCAGAGCUAGAGCCCGAGGAUGGGCUGGGCUCCCUAGCAGCUUUGGAGGCUCCGCUCCUGCUUGGGGGUCCUAUGGAGGCCAUCAAAGAGCAUGAAGGGUGGCUGGCCAUGUGCAUCCAGGCCUUAGAAAAGGAAGGGGCUGAGGAGGAGCUGGCACAGGUGGAUCAAACUGUGGAUGCCCUUGAUCGGUGGGAAAUGUUCACAGGGCGGCUCCCAGUCACCAGACAGGACCUGUCCCAUGGCAGAGACAGUGCGGGGUUGCGCAGGGUGCUGGGGGGCACGUUCUCCUCCCUGAGGAGGAGGUUGAGUGCACCCAAGCUUUCCAGAGCGGAGUCUUCACCCUGUCACCAGGAAGGAGAGGAGGACUAGCACAACAUGGACCUCCCUUCCAAAGCAGAAGAGCCAGUGGCAGCGUCUUUUCCCCUAGGACACUGGCCAUCACUGUUCAGUGAACAAGGGUGCUGUGGACAGAGCAGGGAUUAAAAGGAAAGGUCCUCUUGAGGAGCUGCAGAAGGUCUGUCUUCAGAAGUCUCUUUAAUCUGUGUCCUCGCCAGUGCCCCAGGGCCUGUGCCCUGCCCUCCUUGCCUCUCAUUGAGCGAGAUGGACUUGGCUGUGAGUGGACAGAACCUCCUUCCUUGAUGAGGCAGAAGGAAACUGUGUGCUUGCUUUCUCCUUCCAGGUUGGGGAGAGGUGGGCCUGCUGUAUCUUUUUGCUUAUUUAUAGCCAGAGCUGGAGAGGCUGUCCUAGGUGCUCAGAUAGGGGUGACCAGGGGGAAGUACCAGGGCACACCCAGUUUCCAAGGCUGGUACUGGUUGGUGUCCACUCAAAGGGGAAGUGACAGGGUUUUGUUUGUUUCUAAAGUGUCAACCAUACAGAGCCACUUUCUGUGACACCAAUGGCAUUCUGAUCCUUUGAGUGUCUCUGUGAAAGCUCUGGAGAAUGUGCCCACUAUGCUUUGCCCUCUUUUCAGCAGCAAAGGUGGCUGUCUCACUGAAGUGUAAUAGUGUAUGUGUGACAGAGGCCACUAUUCCCAGGCCACUGCCUGCUGUUACCUGCAGCAGCGAAAACCAACCACAGGGGUGUUCUUGGAACAGUUUCCUGACAAAGGCAUCUGUGCUGUCAGUGUCAAUCAGGUUAAGCUGGGGACAUUGCCGUUCAAAUCAUCUGGGUCUUUACUGGCGUUUUUUGGUCUAGUUUUGACAAUUGGUUAGAGGGCUGUAAACCAUCCAACCAUGGCUGUGGAAUUAUCUAUGUCUCCUUUAAUUUUGGCACAUUUUCCUUCAUGUAUUUCAAAGCUCUUUUAUGCCAUACACAUUUGAUGUUUCUUGGUGAAUCGACCCUUUUAUUGACAUCAUCAAAUGUCUCUGUUGACACUAAUGUUUCUGUUGACACUGAUGUCCUGCCAUGCAAGAGUCCCAGGGAAAGAAACUUCCAGCUCAGAUAGCAGAAUCCCUUCAGUGUGAUGAGGAUGGGAAGAGACAAGAAUUGGGAAGUUUGUAAAUUUUGUGGGUAGGUAGCUUAUAUAGUUUUGGGGACCUUCUAAGUAAAACUAUACAAAAUACAAAACUAUAAAAGAGUCCCAGUUCUGGAAAAUGCAAAGGGAUGAGUACAUACUGAAUUUUAAAAAGAUUAUUUUUUAGAGUCAGGGUCUUGCUCUGUCACUUAGGCUACAGUGCUAUGGUAUGAUUACAGCUCACAGCAGCCUUAAACUCCUGGACUCAAGUGAUCCUCCCACCUUAGGCUCCCAAAGCUUUGGGUUAUAGGCAUGAGCCACUGUGCUCGGCCCUUACUGAAUUCAAAGAAGCAAAGAUGUAGUUCAGAAAUAGUAUUGUACAUUUUUAGUCCCCCGUUCUCUUUUGUGUAGCUUCAAAGAGACAACUCUGUGACCUGGGAAGUUACUGUGAUGGAAUGAAGAGGAGAAAGUCUGCCUCUGUGAUGGCUUUUAUGGCUGCUGGGUGGAAGCUAGCUAGGAAUCCAGCCAGGGCCUCAGGCCUUGGUUCCUGCCCACAUGAGCUCCUCUGUGGGACCUGGGCUUCCUCACAAUAUGGUGGCUGCCAUUCGAGGGUGAGCAUUCCCAGAAGGUCAGAUAGAAGCUGUCUGUCUUUUCAUAACUUGGUCUUGGAGGCCACAAGUAGAGCAUUUCUGCUACACUCUAUUGAGGCAGUCACAAGGGGUCACCUAAGUUCACAGGGGUGGCAGGGGACACAGAUUCCAUCUUGAAAUGGCAAUGUGGCAAACUUCCAGAAGGGUGUGUGAGAUAGGAAAAUACUCUCGUGGCCAUUUAUGCAAAAUCUGCCCCAGGGUUUGCUGUUUGGAUUUGGCAAUCGUAUCUCUUACAUAAACUUGCCUGUUUUCCAAUUUCCUUCUGUCCUCUGUGGAAGAUUAAUCAUUGGAUGCUGUAAAAUUAAACAGAGGUGACACAACCAGAACAGACUGGCUCGGCCUGAGGGUAGUUGCUCAUCAAGGUUUCGCACAAGCCAUAGGGGUUAUUGCCAAACCCUUGGUGCUGUCUCUCUGUGCCCACGGCCUUUGGCUUCCAAUUGUGAUAUGCCCUCAAAAACAUUUUGGAGUGAGAAGGAGAAAACCACUAAAAAGAGAACUUUUAUCCACAGCCUUUAACAGUUAAAGAUGGGAGUGAAAUUUUUUAAGAUAGCAGUUGUUAGGAACAUUUUAAAAAUAAAACCUUUAGGAACAGAGAUCAAAGUUUCCUUCCUCUGCUCAAACGUUAGCCCCAGAUCCUGGGCAUGCUGGAGGUGAAGAGUAAUUUGGGACAGUCACCAUGGGAGAUGGCUACGCAAGAGGGAGGCACUAACAAAUGCCACCACCUCAGGUGAAGGAACAGUGCACAGAAACAGGGCUUUCUACACUCUUUGGGCCUGAGACCCAGCACAGCUGAACACGGUAAGAGAUGGACUGACCUGAAGAUAAUCAUUUCUGACAAAGAAGCCUUUUUUUUUUUUAUUAAAAGAAUA